AUGCGCUCCUCAGCCGUUGUCGUUGCAACUUUGGCCCAGUCGGCCAUCUCGGCUCCCAAUGUCAAGAACUUCAUCUACAUCGUCCCCGAUGGGUACGGCCCCGCCUCCCAGACCAUGGCGCGGGACUACGUCUCCUUGAUGCAGAAUGGCCAGAACCCGGGGGCUCCCGUGAGCAUCCAGCUCGCAGCCGACAAGAUGGUCAUUGGCAACGUUCGUACUCUUGCGAGCAACAACCUCAUCACGGACUCGGCUGCCUCUGCGACUGCUUUCGGAUGUGGUGUCAAGUCAUACAACAACGCUAUCGGUGUCAACCCGGCCGGCGAACCAGUAGGCUCCAUCCUCGAGGCCGCCAAGCUUGCAGGCAUGAAGACGGGGCUGGUCGUCACCAGCACCAUCAACCACGCCACCCCUGCUUGCUAUGCGGCCCACGUUGCCGAUCGCAACUCGUACGCAAAGAUCGCCGAGCACGAGAUCGGCUACGGCCACCCUCUCGGCCCCGUCGCCGACAUUCUUCUCGGUGGCGGCCGGUGCUACUUCAAACCGCAGUCCGAUUCUACCUCCUGCCGCAGAGACGGCAUCGAUCUGUUCGCCUUCGCCGCGGAGAACGGCUACCACGUCAUGCAGAACCGCUCGGCCUUUGACGCCCUCGACAAGGGGCUGGGGGACGUCCGCAUCCCCUACAUCGGUCUGUUCAACGACGAUCAAAUGAUGUACGAAAUCGAUCGCUCCCGCCAGUCCCAGCAGGAGCCUUCUCUCCUAGAAAUGGUAGAGACGGCUCUCAACUCCCUCCACCGCGCCACGCAUUCCAAGGAAAAGGGCUAUUUCCUCAUGAUCGAGGCCUCGCGCAUAGACCACGCCGGCCACGCCAACGACCCGGCGGCGCACCUCUUUGAUACGAUCCACUACAAUGAGGUCAUUGGCUUCGUGCGGGAGUGGAUAGACGAACACCCGGACACCAUGCUCAUGUCAGCGGCGGACCACGAGUGCGGCGGUCUGACGCUCAACGGCUUCAACCCGCUGCCGCUGUCCAAGGUCAACGCCUCGACUGAAUUCCUGAUGGAGGUCUGGGAUGCGUACACCGGUUCCGACAAGAAGGCCUUCCUGGUCAGCGAGAUCCUACCCGAGUACGGGCUCAGCGACGCCACGGACGCCGAAGUGAACACGCUCCUCGACGCGGGCUCGCUCGACAUGGAGCUGGGCAACCUGCUCGCCAGCCGCGCCGGCGUCCACUGGUCCACGGGCGGCCACACCGCGUCUGACAUCACCCUGUACGGCUACGGCGCCGGCGAGAAUGGGCGGGCGAUCAAGGCGGACAUGGCGGGCAACUGGGACAAUACGGAGCUGCCAAGGUACAUUGAGAAGGCCCUCGGCGUUGACAUGGACGAGGUCACGAGGCUGCUGCGCGCGAACGGCACGGCCUGGGUCGGGAAGCGGGAUUUCAACAAGCGCGCUGACGAGCACGUUCAUGACCACGGCCAUACUCACUAG